AGCCCAUCGCUCGUCAUUUGAAAAUUUCUCACUUCCCACUUCCUGUUCAUCUCUGGGAUCUCAUCCAAAGGAGGGGCAAGAUGACGCUCACAGCAACCAAGUUCACCCCCGAGGUGAUGCUCUCGGCCCCGCGCCGGUCACCGGGAGUGCCCAAUCCCUCGGGCACGCUGGCGCUCUACACGGUUUCGACUUACUCGUUCAAAGAUCACGAGAAGACGACCAACAUCCGGGUCCUCGACAUCAACACCGGGACGGCCACCACGCCGGUCGACGAGGCAGGUGCCAGCAAUCCUGUCUGGCUCAACGACGACGAGAUCCUCUACGUCCGGAGCGGCGACAAGGGCAGCAGCACGCUUGUCGUCCGUAAUGUCACGGCCUCGGCAUCAUCGUCUUUCUACGAGGCCGGUACGAUCCAGGGGCCCAUUGGCGACCUGAAGGUCAAGGCACUCGCAGACGGCACUGUGGCCCUCGCCUGCUCGGCCUCGGCCACCCCUGACGGCAACCUCUUCAACCCCGAAACGGAGGUAAAGCCGCAUUCGACCGCCAGGGUCUAUACUAGCCUCUUUGUGCGCCACUGGGACACCUGGAACUCCGAGAAGAGGAGCUCCAUCUUCUACGGCGUGCUCGAUAAGAAGGACGGCAAGUAUGCGCUCCGAGACGGCCGGCUCACCAACGCCCUGGCCGGCACCAGGCUCUCCUCGCCCGUCCCGCCCUUCGGAGGCACCGGCGACUUCGACAUCGGCCCGGAAGGUCUGGUGUUCGUGGCCAAGGACCCCGAUCUCGACCCGGCCAUCUACACCAAGACGGACCUCUACUUUAUCCCCUUGAAGACCUUUGCUGAGUCCAGCCCGCCUCCCCCGAAGAUCGUGAAGACCCCAGGCCUCGAGGGCUACUCCAACAGCCCCGUCUUCUCCCACUGCGGCCGCAAGGUGGCCUUCACCCGCAUGCGCAGCAAUCAGUACGAGUCUGACAAGCCGCGCCUGCUGCUCGUCCGAGACAUUGGCAACCCGGACGAGACUGAGGAGUUCUUCGCCACCCCGGACGGCGACGGUGCCUGGGACUCCCGCCCAGAGUCUAUCGCCUGGGGCCACGACGACACCCAACUCUACGUGACCGCCGAGCACCGCGCCCGCACCCUCAUCUUCACCCUGCCGUCCACCCCGUCGCGGGCCACCUCCCUCCCAACCCCGCUGCCAACUCCGGACGGCAGCGUCGCCGACUUCCGCCUCUAUGCCGCCUCCUCCCCCUCCUCCUCCUCCAAGACCGAUCACCUCUUCGUCACCACCACCUCCCUCAUCGACAACUCGUGCUACUCCCUGACCCACCCGGCUACCGCCACCUCCACUGUCAUCUCCUCGGCCUCUAAGCAGGGCCGGUCCUUUGGCCUCUCGCGUGCCCAGGUCGACUCCAUCACCGUUCCCGGCCCGGACUACGACGUGCACGCUCUGGUGGUCCGGCCGUCAACGUGGGUAUCCGACGCCGCUACUGGAUCGACGACGGGCUCCCGAAGAGCUACUAAGAAAUACCCGCUCUGCAUGCUCGUGCACGGCGGGCCACAGGGGGCGUGGCAGGACUCCUGGUCGACGCGCUGGAACCCGGCCGUCUUCGCCGAGCAGGGUUACGUCGUCGUGUGCCCCAACCCGACGGGCAGCACUGGUUACGGCAUGGCGCUCGAGGACGGCAUUCGCGGCCAGUGGGGCGGCCGCCCGUAUGAGGACCUCGAGCGGUGCUUCGACUGGGUCGUCGCCAACAUGCCCGAGGUAGACGGCGAGAGGGCCGUGGCGCUGGGGGCCAGUUACGGCGGGUUCAUGAUUAAUUGGAUCCAAGGCCACCCGCUUGGCCGCAAGUUCAAGGCGCUGGUGUGCCACGACGGCGUCUUCAGCACCCUCAAUCAGUGGGCCACCGAGGAGCUUUUCUUCCCCAUUCAUGACUUUGAGGGCACGCUGUAUGAGAACCGGGAGGGCUACGAGAAGUGGGAUCCCGCGCGGUUCAUCAACGAAUGGGCGACACCCCAGCUGAUCAUCCACAGCGAGCUGGACUACCGCCUCCCCGUCACUGAGGGCCUGGCGGCGUUCAAUGUCCUGCAGGCAAAGAAAAUUCCGAGCAAGCUGCUCGUGUUCCCGGAUGAGAACCACUGGGUGCUCAAGCACGAGAAUUCUCUCGUCUGGCAUCGUGAAGUGCUCGGCUGGAUUAACAAGUACUCGGGCAUCGACGACGAGCAGAAGCUGGCCGAGGAGACCGAGGCCCUGAAGGUAUAGUGUAGUCGAGUGGUUGUCGGACCGCCCGGGGGGAUGCGCGUUCGACGAAUGGAACCCAAUUGCGCUUGGUAUCGAUGCCAGGUUGGAGAGAAAUGCCGGACGAUAACAAAACGUUUGCGAAAGUUG